GCAUAAUGUAAACUGUUGAGAUGAUCCAUGGUAACAGACUCAGUGCAGCAACCGCUCGCACAGACACCCGCACAGAACCCGACAGAAAUGCCUCGAACCUGGAUCGCACCUGCACCGGCUCUUACAUCCUACAGACGAGCGGCGUUUGGACUCGUUUCAGACGCGCCGUCGGCCUUUUAAACGCGACGCACCUGCCAGGAAUCCAAAACAUUUAAUGUAUUCCUCCUAUACAUCUAACGUUACUGUCAAUUCACAAGAAGCGAGGAAACCAACGCAAUGUGUGGUUAAACUCUCUCAUCCAACAGACUACAAUAGAAGCAGAUGAUUUUAAUCCGGAUGAAAUAAUGACUCUUGUGGAUUAACGCCUUCACUGUCACUCUAUUAUUUUGCUCUAUCUGGACCGAAGGAUCAUCUGCCUUUACCAUUUGCCAUUACAGUCUUUAUAUUACAGCCAUAGUAAUAUAAUAUCGUGAAGAUGGCGACUGGAGCGGGCUGGCAGCAUUACUACAACCCCGCUGGCAGCGCUUCGACGGGGAAAUAUAACAGCACCUCCACUUCAACAUCCACCAGCACGUCCUUCCCGUCCGGUUUAACCCUCGAAUACACGCAGGAUCUCCACCUGAAGAUGAGCAAGAAGAUCGCACAGCUGACCAAGGUGAUCUACGCCCUCAACACCAAGAACGACGAGCACGAAGCGGCCAUCCAGACCCUGAAGGAGGCCCACGAGGAAGAGGUGCAGCAGAUCCUCUCGGAAACCCGGGAGAAGAUCAUGCAGUACAAGAGCAAGAUCAGCGACGAGAUGGACUUGAAGCGACGCAUUCAGUCCCUGGAGGAGUCCAUGGAGCUCCACGAGCGGAUGAAGCGCCAGGCCCUGACGGAGUUCGAGACGUACCGUCAGCGGGUGGAGGACAUGCAGCUGUGCACAGAGGCGCAGCACACGCAGCGUGUGGUCACCAUGUCCCGCGAGGUGGAGGACAUGCGCCGCUCUUUCGAGGAGAAGCUCCGCUCCUUCGGACAGUUACAGGCCCAGUUUGAGCAGGAGAAACGACAGGCUCUCGAGGAGCUACGUUCCUCACAUCGGCAUGAGGUCCAAGACCUGCUUCGUUCACACCAAAGCCAGAACGCCAACUACAGCAAAGACCAGGAGAAACUGGGGCAGCUUCAUAAAGCGGAGGUGGAUUCACUGACCGAAAGGGUUGAGGAACUGAAACAGGACAAGAAGCGUCUGGUGGAGGAGUACGAGGCCAAGCUAAAUAAAGCCCAGGCCUUCUACGAACGCGAACUAGAGGCCAUGAAGCGCACGCAGCAGAUGACCGCAGAGAACCUGCUGGCCUGGAAGAAGACCGAGGCGGAGCUGAGGAAGGAGUUCCAGGCGCAGGAAGCAGCGCUCCAGAAGACUAUGGGGAAGCUGCGCAGUGAACUGAAGAGAGUGCAGGAGGAGGCCAGGGAGAGCAGGGAGAAAUCCCACAAACUGCAGACCUCCCUCAUUUCUGCCGAGAACAACAUCAAGGAUCUGCAUAAACAGUUGGAGGAGGUGACCAAGGACACGGAGAUUGUGGAAAUCAGGCAGAGGGAGGCGGAGUGUGAGCUGGAGGCGUCCAGAGACCGAGUGCAACAGCAGGCCACCGAGAUCCUGCUCAAAGCCAGUCAGAUCGGAAGCUUGCAGGCCACUCAGAUGACUCACGAGGCGGUCAUUCGGGAUCUGGAAUCGGAAAAGUCUCGUCUGAAGGACAAGGUGUUACGUCUGGAGGAGGAAAGAGGGGCAUUGCAGAACAAAUGUCAGACGCUGGACGAGAGGCAGAGACAGCAGGUCGUCUCCCUGGAGAAGUCACUUCGAGAGGAAAAGCAGAUCUAUGAGAAGGAGCUCAUAAACUUGCGUGUCAGAUAUGAAGAGGAUACCGCUCACUUUAAGGAGACCCACAGUCGGGCAGUGGAGGAGCUCUCCAGGAAGCACCGGGCCACUCUGGAGAACACACAGAGCAUCGCCGAGAAAGAGAAGAACCGCCUCCUGUCUGAGAUGGAGGAUCAGUUCGAGAAGGAACGUAACUCUCUAGAGGAACAGAAGAACCUUUUGCGAGAGGAACUGGACAAUAUACGAGAGGAGCUCAGUGCCAAACUCAACAUGGCCAACAGUGAGGUGAGUCGACUCCAGGAGCUGGUGAAGCAGGGAGAGACGGGACUCGGUUCUGCUGAGGGACACAUCUCCAAUCUGAAGGACGCCCAGAAGAAUCUUCUAGAAGAGCUGGAUGCCACGCGAGCCAGACUCCGAGAGACCAGCAACCUCCUAACGGCCCUUCAGGGAGAGAUGGAGACUCAGAAACAACAGCAUGAUGCCAAACUCAUCUCCACCAAAGAGGAAGAGAAGCUCAAAAUGGAUAAGAUGGCCCUGGAGCUGGAGCUGAAGUGGACCGAGACACUCAGGCAAGAGUGUAAGAAACUCCGUGAGGAACUGCGUGAAGAGCAUGAGGAGAAUAAAAGGUCAGCACUCUCCCAGCUGGCACAGAAUAAAGAUCAAGAGAUGUGCUCCGCCAGAGAGAGCUGGCAGAGGAAGGUGGAGGACCUUCUAGAGCAGAUUUCCUUGCUGAAACAGAGCCUGGAGAUGCAGCUUUCCCAGUCCCAGCAUUCCCUGCAGCAGCUGCAGGCCCAGUUCAGUCAGGAGCGAGAGCACCUGGGCCAGCAGCUGCAGGAGAUGGAGCUGGAGCAUCAGCGCAGGGAGCAGCGGCUGAGGGAGGCUCACUGCUGUGCUGUACAGGACAUGCAGGAGACCCGUCAGCACGACCUCAAGGAGCUGGAGGAGCGUCUCCGGCAGCAGCAUCACAUGGAGCUUCAGACUCUGCGGGAGGCUCACAGGCAGAACAUUGAGACUCUAAAACAGCAGUCAGAGCAAGAACUGCAGACCCUUCGCUUCGAGCUGGAAGACGAGGGCAAGGCCAUGCUGGCAUCACUGCGUUCAGAGCUGAACCAUCUCCACGCAUCAGCCAUUGAACACAUGCGUCAGACCCAUCAACAGGAAACAGCUGUUGCCAAACAGGAACUGGAGAAAGCUUUGGAGCAGAGCAGAGUACAGGAACAUGAGCUGCUGAGUCGUAUCUCAGAUCUGCAGGAUGAGGUCAGUCGCAGGAAGAAGCACAUUGCGGAUCUGGACCACGAGAUCCACACCCUGAAUGAGAACAUCAGCACUUUGACCAAGGAGCUGGAACUCAAGGGCAAAGAGGUUUUGAAGAUCCGUAGCGAGGCCAAUCAGCAGAUCAGAGCUCAUGAGCAGGACCUGUGUAAGAAACAUGAGCGGGAGAUGGCCGAGCUGAACGCUCUCCACCACAGAGAAACACAGAACAUGCUGUCGGACUUCAACAAGGCCCAGGAACUGCUGAAGGACAAGAUCCAAGCCCUGCAGAUCCUGUUGGAGGGGACAGAAGACAAAUUCCGGAACAGAGAAAGCAGGCCUGAAGAUCUGCAGACAAUAGCCGAACUGAAGGACAUGGUGGCCGAGAGAGAAUCUUUGGUCAAGAAACUGGUGAGUGGAAAUGUGAUAUUUGAUGAAAGUCAAGAAAGAAAAAAAACAGUAUCAAUGUCAAAUGAUGACAAGAAGUUCUACCAGCUGGAGCUUGUAAACAGAGAGACCAACUUCAACAAAAUCUUCAACACAAACCCCAAUGUUGGUGUCAUCAACCCUCUUGUCAAGCAAAAGCGAAAGAACGACAAGUCAGCCACCCGAUUCAGCAGCUCGGCCAAUCUUAGGGCCAAUGUGGAGGCUACGGGGACAGGGAGCGGACAGCCCCAGCCCAACCGCCUCGAACCAAUCCCCAACUCCCCCAUUCACCAGCUGGAGCCUAACACGAGCAAACCCCUGCCCCCACCGACCCCUCUCACCGAACCCAAGAAAUUGACGAGCCCUCCUGAAGGAGAAGAAUCACCCGUAACCUCUCCAGACCCCCAGAGACAAGAGUGGUUCGCUCAGUACUUCUCCUUCUGACUUUUGCAAUUAAAGAGCAUGUCGACCAAACCAAACAAAAAAGACAAAAAAGUAAUACAUUAUUUAACGACACAUCCUUUCAUUUGUUCUUUUUUUCUUCCCACUGUGAAUGGAUUUCUUGUUUUUAACAGUGAUGAUAGGUAUGUUUGACAUUUCAUUCACCGCAGUUUCUAUAGAUUGGUGCAUACGCUGCUAAUUACUAUUUGUUAAAAGAGAGAAAAAAACAACAGUAUUGUCUCCUCUGUAUCUAAUUUUAGAAUGCCACCGUACUGACUUUGUUACAGCUGCAUUAUCAAUUUUGGUAGGAUUAAACUGUUUGUAUGGAUGUCUCAACACAGAUAUAAUGAUGUCUCACUAAUUUUAAAAUAAAUGCAUAUUUUAUAUUUAUAUUACUGGUGUAUGCGUAAGAAUAAAUAACUAUUGUGACAUUUAAUGAAGUGUGUCUGUUAUGUGAGUGAACUUUUACCAUUCAAGGAACCAAAAGCAAAGAACAUAUGAUUUAAAAUGCCUGUAUUUUCAUAUACAUCAACACAUAUUGCCCUGAAAGACUAAACAAUAAACACUUUUAUUGU